AUGGCGAAGCGUGCAUUGCUCGUCGGGUGCAACUACCCGGGCAGCCGGGCCGAGCUCCGCGGCUGCGUGAACGACGUCUGGGCGAUGAAGGGCUUGCUGAUGGAGCACUACGGCUUCCAGGAGAGCGACCUGACCAUUCAGAUCGACACCGACAGCCGCUACGCGCAGCCAACGGCACGGAACAUCAAGGCGGCGCUCUCCUCGCUCGUCUCUCAGACCAAGGACGGCGACGUGCUCUUCUUCCACUUCUCUGGACACGGCACGCAGCUCCCGUCAGACGACCCCUCCGAGGCCGACCAGUCCGACGAGGCGAUCUGUCCGACGGACAUGAACGUCAUCCUGGACGACGACCUGCGCGCCAUCCUGGGCCCGCUGCCCGACGGGGCCUUCUUCACCAUGGUGAGCGACUGCUGCCACUCCGGCGGCAUGCUCGACCACCCCGAGGUGCAGGUGUCCGGCGUGAAGGACGCCAACUCGGGCCCCGCGCCGGCGCCGAUGGACCUCAUCUCGUCGCUGUUCGGGGCGCGCGAUGCCGGCGACGAGGGCGGCUUCCGGAACCGCGGCCUCGAGCCGAAUCGGUUCAUGGACAUCCUCUCCGGCAUCGUGGGGCACCGCGUCACGCGCGGCAACGUGCGCACGUCGCUCGGGCAGCAGUUUGGCGGCGACGCGUCCGUGGCCGUGAAGAGCGUCCUCAAGAUGCUGCUGCCGCACGCGCAGCGCAUGGUGCAGCAGCAGGCGCGCAGCGGGAACAACAGCGGGUUCAUCAAGAUGCUCGGCCCGCUCCUGGGCUGCCUCGGGAAGGCCGUGAACUCGGGCGGCGGCGCCACGCAGAGCAGCAACCCCGCGUUCAGCGCCCCCGGCGGCGGGAUGGACUUCGGGAAGAUCGCGAGCAUGUUCACGGGCGCCGGAGGAGGCGCCCCCGCCCCCGCCGGCGCCCCCGCCCCCGCCGGCGGGAUGCAGGAGCCGGUGCUGCCCGUCAAGGUCCCCGCGGGGAAGCACAACCGCCCCGGGGCGGGCGAGAUCCCGGAGCUGGGCGCGGACAAGGGCGUGCUGAUCACGGGGUGCCAGUCGCACGAGACGAGCGCGGACAUGUGUCCGGGCGGGGACCCGUCCAAGGCGUACGGCGCGCUGACGAACGCCAUCCGCACGGUCGUGCAGAGCAACGCGGGGCGGCGCAUGACGGCGAUGGAGGUCGCGCACGAGGUGCGGUCGACGCUGAGCCAGGCGCGCAUCAAGCAGAACCCCUGCCUGGAGUGCUCCCUGGGCAACGCCAACAAGCCCUUCAUUGUGCCCGUCUGA